GGAAAGGGGGUCGAAGGGGAGUAGUUCAGCCACAACCAUAUAUAUCCAUCUUCAAAUGCACUUCAUUACCUUCCUCCUACAUCAUUUCAAAUUUUCAACCUUUUCUUCUUCUUCUCCUCCUUGUUCAUAGCCAAAAAGCAGCCACAAAAUGGAGGGCAUCGAGCACAAGAUAGUGGACUUAAAUGGCAUAAACAUGCACGUAGCUGAAAAAGGUGAAGGCCCAGUAGUCCUCUUCCUCCACGGUUUCCCUGAGCUCUGGUACACAUGGCGCCACCAGAUCACGGCGUUCGCCACCUUAGGCUACCGUGCCGUUGCGCCGGACCUCCGUGGCUACGGGGACACUGAUGCUCCUUCUUCUAUAUCCAGCUACACUUGCUUCCACAUUGUAGGUGACCUCGUGGCCCUCAUUCAGUCCCUAGGCGUAGACCAUGUUUUCUUGGUGGCUCAUGACUGGGGUGCCAUGAUUGCUUGGUACUUGUGCUUGUUUAGGCCUGACAUGGUGAAGGCAUUUGUGAGCUUGACUCUGCCUUUCCGGCCAAGGAAUCCUAAGAUGAAGCCCAUUGCCGGCUUGCGGGCAUUUUUUGGGGAGGAGUAUUACAUGUGCAGAUUCCAGGAACCUGGAGAGAUUGAAGCUGAAAUUGCAAAAUAUGGGAGCAAAGCAGUACUCAAGAAAAUUCUUACAGAUCGUAAACCUGGUCCUCCUUGUCUACCAAAGGGGAACCCUUUUGGGAUUUCACCUGAUACUGACAUCAAAUUGCCCGCCUGGCUAUCAGAAGAAGACUUGAAGUACUAUGCUAACAAAUACGCCCAGAAGGGCUUCACUGGAGGAUUGAACUACUACCGUGCAUUGGAUUUAAACUGGGAGCUGACUGCAGCAUGGACAGGAGCACAAGUGAAAGUUCCUGUGAAAUUCAUAGUCGGAGACUUGGAUAUGGUGUAUACCACUCCAGGGACACAGGAAUACGUACAUGGUGGCGGCUUCAAAAGGGACGUGCCAUUCUUGGAAGAACCUGUGAUAAUGAAGGGCACGGGCCACUUCCUCCACCAAGAAAGAGCUGAAGAGAUCAACCAUCACAUCCAUCAUUUCAUCAAAAUGUUCUGAGAGCUACUUGUGGUAAUAUGCCCUGCGGUUCUGCAGAGUGGCAAUUGAACAUUUAGAAGCUUGAUUUUCCGCUAGGUAUUCUCAGUUAUGUCUGUUCGCUGUUCCUGCUGCAGGAUUUCCUUCUUUGAUUUUUUAUUUUAUGGUAAAGCUUCAAGAUCAUUCAAUUCUUACUAUCAAUCAUCCAUUAAACAAUUCUGUAACGCUUUGGAUAAGAAUCCAGUAUCACCUGUAUUUUGCAA